GCAAUGUCUCCUAAGGCACAUCUGAUCUUCCCCGGAUGUAAUUGGGCUGUUGGUGCUCUCUCCACUGCUCUCCCCUUUACGCUAGGAAUCCCCUGACACGCCAAUUCUCGCGUCGUGAUGUUCGAUGCCCAUCACUAUUAUUCUACUCUGGAUCUACUUUUGAGUACUUAAGCUGCUGGCUCACUUUUUGAGGCUCUUUUCUCUUCGUCUCAAGGAGUUGACCGUUUUGUAUAAACGGUUUGUUGUCCAGCUGAGUAAUCUCUGCAGCACCAUUGCUUGAGUGUAGCGCUUGUCAACGCUAUGUAGUGUUGGCCUCAACUUGCCUGCAUCGUGCCGAUCUAUGAGGAGGCUUUGAGAUUCAAUGUUGUAGCACCAGAAGAUUGAUAAUCUUGGGUUUGUUUGUUAGGAUUUCGAAGCAAACCAAGUGAGGAAAGUGUGAUAUUUGAAAAUACAUAUUUUCUGGUGACAUUACGCGAGAUUUAUCUAGAUUCUUUGGAAGCUACCGGGGUAUGGCGCAUUUCUUUCACAGAGUGAUGAUGGUUACGGACGAGGUGGAAAGGAUCAGGCGAGCUCCGCCUCUCGUGUCAGCUUCGUUCUGGUCGGCUGAGAUUUUGCUUCAAGGUCUACAGUGAAGAAGCGUGGGACGAAUAGUAGUGUUUAGGGGUUUCUGAAGUAGUGGCAAGCCAGCUGCCUUAUUAAGGAACUUGGAUUUUUCAUUUCAUAUUGCGAGAGAUUGUUGAGUUGUAAUCACAAUGAACGACCUUCUCUCAAGGUCUUUUGGCAGAGAUGGAUCGAACUAUGUGGAUCUGAAGAAGGAUUCACGGCACGGAGAUAUUGAACUCGGGAAUAAGGCGUCGACUGGGCCUGAAAUAGACAUGACGAAAUUCUUCGAUGAAGUAGCAGUUAUUAAGGGUGAGAUGGAAAAAAUCAAACAACUGCUUUCGAAAGUUCAAGAUGCACAUGACGAGAGUAGGACAGUGACCAAAGCACAAGGUAUGAAAGCUCUGCGAGCGCGCAUGGAGACGGACAUCAGGCAAGUGACCAAGAUUGCUAAGGCUAUCAAAUUCAAACUUGAAGAACUGGACAAAGCCAAUGUCGAAAACAGAAGGGUGAUAGGCUGCGAGGAGGGGGCACCAACUGACAGGACCCGGACGUCAAUCACCAGCACUUUAAGAAAAAAACUAAAGGAUCUGAUGGGAGAGUUCCAAAUCCUCAGGCAAAAUAUGAACGAUGAAUACAAAGAAAGCGUGGAGCGCAGGUAUUACACAGUGACGGGAGAACAUGCGGAUGAAGAAACGAUAGACACCAUCAUUGAGACUGGAAACAGCGAGACGUUCCUACAGAAGGCGAUCCAGGAGCAAGGUCGAGGGCACGUCCUCGAGACAAUCAAAGAAAUUCAGGAACGCCAUGACGCUGUGAAGGACAUCGAGAGGAGCCUUUUGGAAUUGCACCAGAUCUUCAUGGACAUGGCCACCCUGGUUGAUGCGCAGGGAGAGCAGCUGAAUGAUAUUGAGCAACAGGUGAACAAGGCAUCGUCCUUCAUACAGCGAGGCACUCAACAGCUGCAAGUUGCGAAGAACACACAACGCAGUUCGCGCAAGUGGUGCCUCAUCGCUAUUAUUCUGCUCAUUGUUUUGAUUCUCGUCCUUGCCAUCCCUCUUCUCCGCUCUUUCGGUCUUCUUUGAGUUCCGAGUUCCUUUCUCCUCCUCUUCUCCUCACUUAUUCUUAGGAUCCGCGCCACCACUCUUACACGUCGUUUCAAAAUCAUCAGAGCGUGGAAUUCCCCCUAUUUAUUUGUAGCUGAUUUAUUUGUUAGUGAAUGGUUUUAUGCGAGUGCAAUUCUGUACAGGUUUUUCGCCGCAAGCUCUCCCCUCCUCCACGCCGUCGGCAAGUGUUGCAGGUUUUCGGGGAUCGACUUUGCGUGCGAUUCAUGCGCUACAAUGUGCGUAGCCUCUUCCUUGAAUAAGUUCCACGACGAAAUGUGCUUUGUGACGCAUUGCUGCUUUGAAUCUUCAUCUUGUAUGUGAGUUGAUCCCAUCGUCUUCUCUGGGAAUGCUAUUUUUGUGAAACGAACUUCGAACCAUUGAAUUGCUAGAGUUUUGAAAAACUGUGCGGGCUGUGUCUUGAGACCAGCAAUUUAAGGUUCUGUUUGUUCUACUUUUGAAAUUUCUUAACCGCGGUGCUGAAAAUGUAUCGUACAAAAGUCUACAAGAUUUAAUUUCAUUACUUUUUGAGAUUCAUGUUGUUCACAACACAAGUGUAAGUUUAUUUAGGAGAAAUUAUGCUACAGAAGUCAUUCUGCAAUAAAAACGAAUGUGUAAAAUAGUUGAUGUGUUUUAUAAUAUUCACAUUAAGGUGGCAUCUUUUUAUUUUGA